AUGGCCGAGACCGUCGACGACAAGCUCAGCUACUUCCAGGCCGUCACCGGCAUCUCCGACACGGACCUCUGCACGGAGAUCCUCGCCGCGCACAACUGGGACCUGCAGCUCGCGGUGUCCUCCAUCACGGCCAACCCCUCCUCGCCCUCCGCCUCGGCCUCCACCUCCUCACGCGCCGACCCGGCCCCUUCCGCCCCGCUGGCGGCUGAUGCGGAGUUCGUCGCGCCCCCGCCGCCGAUGCCGAUGCCGAUGCCGAUGCCGCUGCCGCCCCAACAGCAGCAGCAGCCGGGGAUCGCGUGGAGGCUGGUGACGCUCCCCUUCUACGUGGUCUCGGGCGGGGUCGGCCUCGUCGCCGGCACCUUCCGCCUUGGCGCCUGGGUCGCCGGGGGCGUGCUGUCCCGCUCCCUCUCCCUCCUCGGCCUCGCGGGGCAGGCCGGCAGCGGCGACCGCCUGCUAGAGUUGCCGCCGUCAUCUGCUGAGGCGGCCGACUUUGUCGCUGAGUUCGAGCGCGAGUUCGGCGCUGGCCGCGGCCCGCGCUUCGUGGCCCAGGGGUUCGCUGAUGCGCUGCAGCGAGCGCAGCGGGAGUUCAAGCUUCUGUUCGUGUACCUCCACUCCCCUGAUCACCUGGAUACCCCUGCCUUCUGCGGUGGCUGCCUCUGCUCUGAGCCCGUCGCGGCCUUUAUAGAUGAGAACUUCGUUGCGUGGGGUGGUAGCAUCAGAAGGACUGAAGGGUUCAAGAUGAGCAACAGCCUGAAUGCGUCCAGGUUCCCGUUUUGUGCUGUGGUCAUGGCUUCUACGAACCAGAGAAUCAUGCUAUUGCAGCAGGUUGAAGGGCCCAAAUCACCUGAAGAGAUGAUAACAAUUCUUCAACGCCAGGGGCGUGAAAGGAUAGAGGAACUGGAAAGACGUGAAAGAGAGGCUGCAGAGGCUGAGAGAAAGCGCAAGGAAGAGGAGGAAGCUUUAGCAAGGGCAGCCCAAGAAGCAGCUGAAAGGAAGCUGCUCUUGCAAGGAGGAGGCAAGAGAAGGCCAUGGCUCUUGGAGCUGAACCUGAGAAAGGACCAAGUGUUACUCAGAUUCCCAACUGGAGAGCGCAAAGAGCGGAGAUUCCACAGUUCUUCAACCGUCACUUCCCUCUAUGACUACGUCGAUUCUUUAGAUUGCUUGAAAGCAGAGAAGUACAGCCUAGUUUCGAAUUUCCCACGCGUCACAUAUGGUCCAGAGAAGCACUCCCUGACACUGGAGGAAGCAGGCUUGCAUCCACAGGCGAGCCUGUUUAUCGAGAUAGAACAAUGA